AUGAUCCAUCAGCUGACUUAUGAGUUGUCAUCUGAUCUGCCGCCUCCGUAAAACUGAAAGUCUAACUUCCUCGUAGGUUUUAAUACUGGAAUGGAGAGUAGUGUACGGGCUCGUGGGACUGUGCCUUCGGGCUGGGACUCCGAUGAAGAUGUAAGAGUCCCUGAUCCUCUUCUUCGUCCAUCAGUUGAAUAUCGCAUUGUUUAUUGGAGAAACAUUGUCGGCUUCUGGUUUUUGGGCUUGUGCAAUAACUUUGCUUAUGUUAUUAUGCUGAGUGCUGCCCAUGACAUCCUGAGCAAACAAGAGUUCCCCAACAAUGGCAGUACAGUUUCUCAGAACUCUGAUCCCAAUGAAGCUGGUAUGCUCCAAAGUCGGGAUGACAGCCGUGGUAAUACCAGCCGUUAUGACUGUAACAAAGUUUCUACUGCUGCCAUCCUGCUAGCAGAUAUCUUACCAACACUGGUCAUCAAACUCACUGCUCCUUUUUACAUCCAUCACAUCCCAUACAGUGUCCGGGUUUCACUGUGUGUCCUUACAGCAGCUGGCAGUUUUCUCAUUGUUUCCUUCUCUACAGGAAUUGGAAUGAGCUUUCUUGGCGUUGUGUUUGCCAGCAUCUCUUCUGGCCUGGGUGAGGUGACAUUCCUUAGCCUCACUGCACAUUUCCACAGUGUUGUGGUGUCAGGAUGGUCCUCUGGUACUGGUGGAGCAGGCAUCUUUGGGGCACUGUCAUAUUCUGGGCUCACUCAGGCUGGAAUUUCCCCAGAAAACACAUUACUGGUGAUGCUGGUGGUUCCUGUUCUUAUGGCCUGCAGCUAUUUCAUUAUCCUGGUCCAUCCACCCACUGUGUCAUCCUGGGGUUGCUGUAACACCAACUCACCUCACCAUGCUGUGGUUGCAUCAGAUCGACAGCCACUCAUAGACAGCAUGCUUCUACAUCCAGCAAGACAAGCUCCUGACUUGGCAUUAUCCGAGAAGCUGCGAAUCACAAAGGGCCUGAUGAAGUAUAUAAUCCCAUUGAUGGUGGUAUACUUUGCAGAGUAUUUUAUAAACCAAGGUUUGUUUGAGCUUCUGUACUUCAGGAAUAUCCCCCUGAAACACUCUGAACAAUACCGGUGGUACCAGACACUGUACCAGGCAGGAGUGUUUGUUUCUCGCUCAUCUGUCAGUUGCUUCCGUAUUCGUAGAGUCUGGAUUCUGGCUUUUCUUCAGUGUAUAAACAUGGUGUUCCUGAUCUUUGUCGUUUACUACAUGUUCCUACCGAGCAUCUACAUCAUCUUUGUGCUGAUCUGCUAUGAGGGCCUGCUGGGAGGAGCAGGUUAUGUCAACACCUUCAACAACAUCAGUCGAGAGAGCACAGAUGAUGAAAGGGAGUUUGCGAUGGGAACAGCCUGUAUAGCAGACACUUUUGGAAUUGCAAUUUCUGGGGCUGUGGCCAUUCCUCUACAUGACUACUUUUGCAGUUUGUCUUGACAAGAAGUUGAUGCCAACUUUACACAUCUGUAACACUGGACCAUAAACUUUGGGUUUUAUUUCCCAGAUCCAUUGUGUACUGUAGACCGUAUCCAAGCUGGGCUGUGCAAAAUUAAAACCGUUCUAAGUCUGACAGAAGGGUGACACACCUUCAAAUUUCCUUCUUCUAUUUUACUCGUUUUAACCCUGAUUCCAUUCGGAAGAGAUGAGUGACAGGGAACUAUGGAAUACAAAUUCAGCACAUUGAAACUUAGGAGUGCAGAUAUGUUCAGAACUCAGUUUCCUAUCUUGUAUUCUGUCAGUGGAUGUUGAGUAAAGCACCAUGGCAAACACUUUUUUUGUGGGGAUAGUUAGGAAGUGGCACAAUUAAAGUGAACAUGAUACAUUUCUCAGGCAGCAGAAGCUGAGUAAUUGAGAAGUCUCUUCUACAAGUGAAGGACAAGUGAUCAUUUAACAUUUGACCACUCCAUUAAUAUUUAUUUGCUCUACCCUCACCUUAAACAAGCUGAAACAGUCUGUAAAGUCUCUGAGGGAGCAUGUCUGGAUGCAGGCUCCUGCAGUCUUAUCCUGCAUUACAACACUAUUUAUUCAGUCAUUCUCUAAAGGGCUAAAAGGAGAACAGUACAAAGGAAACGGAAGUAAAUAUUGUGGGAAGAAAUAUUCAGGGAAUUGUUAUGGCUAGGCUUGUAUAGGCCCUAGGGCCGAUAGCCUAGUACCAACGUAUGAACCUAUAAGGGAAUCUCUAGUAAUAGUACAAAAAAAACGUAAUACUGAAUUUUGAAUGUGCUGCUUAUGGUGUCAUGUAGUAUACGUGCAGCUUAGUUAUAACUACAUUAAGGGUUGAUUAGCACCGGGUAUAGAGACAGGAAUGCCGAUUUGACAGUGACUGAGCUUUGAGGUUAUGGGCUCAGCAGAAGUUGGUUAAAACUGGAGAUUUGUUUAUGCACUUAAAACUGUUGCAUUUCAGUGAACUGGCAAAAAAAUGGAAAGAAGUUAUUUUCUUGGUCUGUGGCAACUUUCUGCAGCCAUCUAUAAAACUAAAUUAUUAUUUUGUUGUGUGUCUGUGUGCGCUUUCAGAGUAUUAGAAAGUAACGAAUUCCUGCCAUUUUCACUUGAUCAUAAAGUGCCCUAGUGAGGAUAUAUGUUACUGCACUUCUGAUACCAGUGGGAGCUGUAAUAGCUGCAGGAUGGUAGUAGCUGUUUUGUAGUAUAAUAAAAGGAGAAAUUUGUUGUUGUUGUUGUGUCUUUCGGCUUUUCCCGGUUAGGGGUCGCCACAGUGGAAC